CAGCUGGAAUCCUCGUCAACUGUCAUGCUGCACUCCCUCGUCCAAACCAAGCUCAUCAGCAGCUUGGCCGAAGCUUCCUACAUCCUGGGGGUCUUGAACUCAAUGAUCAGUAAGUCCAUUGAAGGUACUUAUAAGUUACUUCACUUGCGUAACAAAUUUAGGUACAUCACUAUUCAGCUUUGUUUCUAUUACCCCCAAAACGCAACUUUUUUCAUUUACCCCACAAUAUUAGAUAUCCUACUAUUCAAAAUAAUAUCCGGAACAAAACUAUUCAAAUUUCAAAACAAUAUCAGAUACCCGACUGUUAAACAUCUAUUAACAAAAAUUCAUCUCAAUGUUACAGAGAACUGAAUAAGCACUAUUUAAUGCAUUGAUUUCUCUUGCCAACUCAGAGAACUAUGCCUACCUGACGCGUGUGUUGAGAGCUUUGAUUGAGAAAGGUCAAGAACUCUUGACCACCAGCAUUCAUCUCCCUCAUCUUCACAAGUCAUCCAUGAGUCCCACAUUUUUUGAUGACUUCAAGACAUACGUGUACAGUGAUGAAUGGCAGAUGUUUAUAAAGAGCUAUGUG